UGUCCCGCGUUGUUUCAAACUUGAGGGAAGCAAGCGGCGGUUUCACGCAGUUUCUCGCUGUUGUGAUGGCAUCAGCGUAGCCUUAUUUCUUCUGCCAUUUCAAGUUUUUCAUUUGCAGCACUGGAGGACUACUUCCACGGAAAGAUGGUGAGCCCAACGCCACAUGCCAGGUUCUUGGACGGCUUGCACGCCGGUGCCAUGUCUUUGUCCCACACGUCCACCCCCGAGAGCGGCUACUUCGCUUUCAGGGGCCAGACAGCCGACUACAGCCGCAUCGGCCCCCCUUUCUACCUCUGCUCCGACGAAGAUUCCGGCAUUGUGUCCCAAGACGACUCUCUUGUCGUGCCUCAUUCUUCAAGCGCUGCCGGCACCCCGGGGUCGUCGUCCUGGCGGAGGAGGGUAGGAAAAUCGCACGUCGACUUCCUAUCACUCCUGCAGUCGUUCGAGCCAGGCCUCUCCCGGAAGCUGCUGUCUUUCUUGUCGGACCACGACCUGGCAGUGGUGUGCUGCACAAGUCGGGAAUGGAGGCAAAUCUGCCAAUCCGUGCCCGAGGCAAAACGGCGCUGGCAGCAAUAUGUCCAGCUCAAGAGGGAUGCCUGGGAAUCUUCCAGGGAGAACCUGCCAAGCAAGAAGCCGCUGCAGCACCGGAGCGAAGAGGUCCCCCACCCGCUGGCAGUGAGGAACUCCAAUUCGGGCAACGGCGACUCGGACAAAGUGCCGACAGGCGCACCGGCCUACGAGUCCAGGUUCCAGCUUUACUUCGAGGAGGGCAAGCGUCUCGAAGAGGGCGAAUGGCAACUGCCGUGCCCCAAGUGUAGGUACCCAAGCCGCGUCUCCAGCGGCGCCGCGUGUGCCAUUUGCAAGUCGCCAAACUGCCACUACCGUUUCUGCAAGCACUGCAAGAGUCCGGCGCACGAGUCUGGCCAGCGAUGUCCCCAGCUUUCCGUCGCCGGAAGCGGUGCUCGUGGCAAGGAACCGGUCAUUGGCGGGAAACAGUCGAAACACAGACUACGCCGGUUGUUGCCGGCAUAGUACCGCGGACUUGCCUCGCCUGUACAGCAUUUUGGGAUGUAAAGAGACAUGUGUGCGCAACCCUUUCUUUUAAAGUGACCCGUACAAAUGUGUGCAUGGUAUUUUAACCUGUGAAUGCAUGCGUGAAUGCGCGAGCGAGUGAUGACGUGUACAUAAGUAUGUUAGUUUUAAUGCCUUCAGACUCCGUUUGGGAGAGUGUACAGAGGUAUGGGUGUGCUUUUAUUCUGUGUGUGUGUGUGCAUGUGAGAAAGUAUGGGGUGUGUUUCAAUGUUCAAUGCCUGCAGACUCCACACGGUUACUAUGUACAAAUAUGCGAGUGCUUUUAUUCUGUAGGCAUGUGUGCUGUGAGGGAGUAUGAGGUGUACAUAUGUGUCUACAAGCAUUUUUCUUUUUUAAGAAUGGACAUUUUCUGCAUUUGAAGGUCGGUUUUAUCUUAUACAGCUGGGCUUACUCUGGUCCGGAAAGACUGACAGAAGGCAAACAGUACAUGACCUGUGGCUCUAAGUUGGACAACUUGGCGUGAAAUUUGGUCGUUGCCGACUGCUGCGAUUGAUCAGUGCUGCGUUGCGGUUGGCCAAUCAUGGCCAAUUGCAGCACACCCAGGUCGAGCACAACGCUGAACAAUCAUGGCCGUCGGCAAUCUCGUCACCUUUCUCACCAAACGUCCAACUUUGAGCCCCAUGUCAUAACCCAGGGUUAUGCUCUUCUACAAAAAAAAAAUUAAAAAAAAAUAUUUUGAUUGACUUUCAUAUUUGAAGACAAAUACAAAGUAUGCCUUUUUGGUCGUGCAAAGCUCGAAACGGGUUGGGGAUCUACCUCAGUAUAGCCAACAACUAGACCUCGACAUCUGGUGCUUGGUGUGCCUUGUGUAAACCACUUGGUGCCUUUACACCCUGUAUAGGAUUGUCAUUGCAAACCAAACGUGCCAUUAAAACUGUGAAUACUCU